GUAGAGCUGUUUCUCGAGAUUGACCCCUUCCAAGCCAUCGCGCUUAGGCGUUAUUACAAAACGCUUGCGAUUCCACGGAGGUUCAAACCCUUUACAGAGAAGAAGAACCCGAGCUUUCUAACGGAAAUGGACAUUGCCGACUUUGAACGGUUCGCCUCCAACAAGGCAUAUGACCUGGUACCCAUCCACCGCUUAGCCAUCUCCCACGGUCUAUCUCUCUUGGAUUCAGUGGCGUUUGAACGCCUAAAACGAGUACACACCUUGGAAAUACGAAUUCCGGGUAAUGCCAUUACUUUUCCAUGCCUCAGUAACAUCACCUUGCUUAGCUUCUCCCCCGGAAGUCGACCGUGCGAACAGAUUCACUUUCCGCCAAACUUGGUAAACCUCGAAAUGUGGUGGAAUCCCAGGGAUCCAGUGGUCCAAAACUGCUCGCAUCCUCUUAAGUUUCCAGAGUCAUUAACAAGGCUUAAGAUAGGCCACAUGCGUGUGCCAAUGUCCUGUUUGCGGUCGUUGCCUUGUCGGCUACAAGAGUUGGGAUUAUUUUAUCCCUUGGGGUUAGACGGAGACGGGUGCUUUGGCUUUACGACCGGCCUUCCUCCUUCGUUGGUAUGCCUUACGCUUGAAGCUUCCAACACCACCUCCCUAGCAGAUAUAGUGCUACCCCCGCGACUAGAGGAGUUUCACCUUUCUGGAACCCGAAUCCUCAGCAUACCUGUGACUUACCGCUUUCCCCAGACCCUAAGGACCUUGAGUCUUGCUGGAAACAAAGAUUUUAAGGCGGUCCAUAGGCGGUUGCCCUUCAACCUAGAAGGUCUAGACCUCUCCUGCUGCCUGCUUACCCCUCGAGUGAUUGCAAUGGUCAAGUUCCCCGCAUCGAUCCAAAGGUUAAAUCUCGCAGGCAAUCACCUUCCCUCGCUCACCUUUUUGGAGAGCUUGCCUCCUACGUUGAUCGAUCUAAACAUGAGUAAUAAUGAGUUGACGUACAUCGGUGGCUCCUUGGUCUUCCCUUCGUCUCUCAGAGUGCUCAGUUUAGACAGCAAUCCAGAUUUGUUUAUCAAGCGGCUGCUCCGGGACCUCAAAUUGCCCAGACACUUGCGUACUCUAUCCAUGAGAGACACGGGAAUCACGUCCCUCAAGGGACUCCGAAUCCCUCAAAACCUAAGGUCUCUAGACGUCUCUGCCAAUAAUAUAACGGUUAUUGACAACUUUCGUGCCCCACUACUUGAGGUGUUACAUCUCGGGGGGAAUCCUCUCCAGGAUAUUUCGUUCUGUGAUUGGACAACACCAUCGUGUCUACACCGCCUUGUUAUUACCAGGCUACCGAUUGGAUUUGAUAUACCGGUAAGUGUUACCCAUUUGUCCGUAAGGGGGUGCAGCGAUAAUCCCAGCCCACUGUUCUUUGACGUGGGAGCGAGCCGGGUUUCCAUCUUGCGGGUCAGGUUCCCGGAAAACCUAGAAGAAUUGGAAGUGAUGAAUUGUCAAUUGGACAGGUUAGUACCUUUUCCUAAAUCCCUCAAGAGGUUGGAUCUUCUGAAUAAUCAAAUUUCAAGCAUAAGCGAUGCAGAGUUUCCUCCCCGCUUGGAGGAGCUAAACUUGUCGCUGAACAGACUCACCUCGGUGGAGGGUGUUGUACUUCCCGCAUCCUUGAAGUUUUUAUACGCGCGUGAUAACGAAAUCUCUUCCAUGUCUGGGUUUGUGCUUCCAAAAAAGUUGCAAAUACUAGACCUCAGCAAUAAUGGUCUCUUAGAUAUAGGACUGGGCUUUCCCAGAUCUGUUCUUGUGCGCCAUUGACGCUUCAUCCAUAGAGGAGAUGAUAGGGGAAGAUAUGGAAGAUGAGAGGGGAAGAUAUGAAAGAUAAAAGGGGAAGAUAUGGAAGAUGAAAUGGUAAGGUACGGAAAGAUGUUAGAUGUUAUAGGAAGCUGAAUAUUGGAUUCAACUGCAGGAGUGCAACUCUCCACUAAACCCCCUCUCAUAUGAAACGUCUCAAUUCCACAGAGCUUUUUAACUUAACACCUUCAACCGACGUUAUAGCAUACUCUCUUGAUAACGA